AUGGCUGUUCAAGAACUUCUUAACUCCUCCAUUGACGAGAACACUGUCACGAUCUUCUCCAAGAGCUGGUGCCCCUAUUGCAGAGCUGCCAAGUCGCUUUUCGAGAAAGAGUAUCCGGAUGUGCCCACAAAGAUUUUCGAGUUAGAUGAAAUGGAAGAAGGCGCUGAGAUCCAAUCAUAUCUCGCUCAGAAGACCGGCCAACGAACUGUCCCGAAUAUUUUUGUUAACAAGCAACACAUUGGUGGUAACGACGCCACCCAAGCCGCAUUCAGAAGUGGCAAGCUCCAGACUCUCAUCGCCGCGUAA